CUCAAUUACAAAAACGCCCUCACUUUCAUCACCGCCCCCAUCAAUAAACAAGGCGGGAAUCGUCCAAGGCAAGCAAAGCAACCGCUUCUCUCUCUUGACGCGAUUCCCAAUCUCCGCACAUAAAACCACAGAAAUCAAAGGCGAAAAAAUAAAGAAAAAGAAAAAGAGGAGAGUUUUUUUCGUCCUCCCCCGAAAUUUAGCGAGAUUCUCUGUAAUCGGAGUUCGCGAUCUGCUUGAUCUCGGAUCUCGAGCUAAGAAUGUUGAACGAAUUCGUGACGAGAGUUCUCGUGUUGAUGCUUGGAUACGCUUAUCCUGCGUUUGAGUGUUUCAAAGCGAUGGAGAUGACCCAGAUUAAUGUAGGGCAGCUCCAUUUCUGGUGCCAAUACUGGGUGAUUGUUGCCAUCUUGACGGUGUUCGAGAGGAUCUUUGAUAUAUUCGUCUCAUGGUUACCAUUGUACGCCGAGACCAAGCUUGCAUUCUUCAUUUACCUAUGGCAUCCAAAGACGAAGGGAACGAGUUGGGUCUACGCGGCGUUCCUGAGGCCAUUAGUUGUGCAGCACGAACCGGACAUUGAAGAGAAAUUGAAGAGAUUUAGAGCUAAAUCGGCAGACCUUUUGAUGUUCUACAUCAAGAAUUUCACAGAUCAGGGUAAAUCUAUGUUUCUAGAGCUUCUUCAUAUGGUUGUUUCGCAGCCAGCUGGGUCAUCAUCCUCGACUCUACAGCCACCGGGGCAGCCGGAACCAUCAGCACCGCCGCAUCCGAUAACGAUCAGACGAUCGGCAAACCACCCGUCCUCCUCCACUUCGGAAUCAUCAUCGUCGGGAAGCGUAUAUCGGGACUUCACGGAAGUCACCGCAGACGAGCUACACCUCAACCCUGAAGUCGAGCAAGCCCUUCGCAACUCCCGCAUUAAUCUACCUCGAUUCCGCAGGAAAACGUAAAAAAAAAAAAAAAACGUCCACCCUCAAUUCAAAUUCUCAAAUUCCCCGUUGUACAUAAAUUUCUAGAUAUCAGUUAGAAAUUGUAACCUAGCCGUCAGCAAAUUUUUUUCCUACGUGGUUUUAACCUUUUCCUGGCAAUA